UAGUCAACAAAACAGAAAAAAAAGCUCCAAAACAACUUCAAACGAAUCUAUACUCCUCACUUUGUGUAGACUUUGCUUCUAUGGAGGGUUGCUUUGCUUAUAUUGACUGAGGCUGAGCGGGAGGUUAAUAGAGUUGUUCGUCGUUUUCAUGUUCAUCUUCUCAGCACGGCAGCAGUAGCAAUAUCAACCAGACCAGUAGUAGUGAAUAAGAGUUUGUAUUGGGGUUAUAUUAGGCAUGUGUCACCCUUCUUGGUUAUAAUAGGUGAGAGCUCUGGUGUGUGGUUUCAACCAACAACUACACGGACACUCACUUCCACCUGUCGUCGUUAGUGAUUAAAAUCAUCGGCACUGCAGGUUGUCGUUUGUCGCCGCUGUACUCGUAGAUGUCCGCGAAUUGAAGUUUAUUUUUUUUUUUUUUGCAAAAUGAAGAAUUAAUUUUCAUUUUCAAAAAAAUUAAAAAAAAAAAAAUCCUCACAACCCUUUUGUGAGUUGGCUCCAAAAUUCAUCCCCCAAAAAAUUUUUAACAUUACCGGCGUGUUACAAUUUUUAAUAUAGGUACAACAAAAUACCAUUACGUUCAUUACGUUUUUACUAUUAAGUCCACACAUGAAGAAUUCGCCGCCGGUUUGGUGGCGUGUAUUUGAUUUUUUUUGUUCACCUCAAAAACAACCACCUCCACCACCAACAACAACAACAACAAAUUCAUCAUCAUCAUCACAAAAACAACAAAUUCCAAAAUAUAAUUAUCAAUUUAAACCUACUGAAAUGGAAUUGCAUCGCUCAAAAUCGACAAAAUCAUUACGUUUACGUAAAUUGUCUAGAGGUUCGGUUAAGACCCUGCGUCGCGGUACUGUUUGCGUCACUGUUAGUACACAUGCCUCAUCGAUAUUUUAUGCUGAGGGCGAUUACAUAAAACAUCCAGUUCUCUAUGAACUUAGCCAUAAAUAUGGAUUCACAGAUAAUUUGCCAGAAAGUGCCCUUCCAAAUCGUUUGGAAGAAAUCAAAGAAGCCAUUCGGCGUGAGAUUCGCAAAGAACUCAAAAUUAAAGAAGGCGCCGAAAAGCUACGUGAAGUGGCUACGGAUAGACGUUCCUUAAAUGAUGUUGCAUCGAUUGUUAAAAAGAGUAAUAGCAAAUUGGCUGAGUUGAAAUCGGAAUUACAAGAAUUGGAAAGUCAAAUAUUAUUAACACAAGGCAAUACUGUCACGAGUAAUGGACGUGAUAUAUUCUAUUCGUCGCUUUCACCAUCUAGCGGUGGUAAUGGUGGCGUUGGUGGUAAUAACGAAUUGACAGCCAAUGAUAAAAUGCUUAUGUCACUUGAAAAACAACUCAACAUCGAGAUGAAAGUCAAAAACGGUGCCGAAAAUAUGAUACAAUCGAUAUCGAGUGGCCACCAUGGUCGCGAUAAGAAAUUAUUAGCUGAAGCUCAACAGAUGCUUGCCGAUUCCAAGGCUAAAAUUGAAUUUCUUCGAUUGCGGAUUUUAAAAGUCAAACAAAACAAAGAUCAUAUGUGUAAGAUUAAGGCAGCUGGCGAAGAGAAUGGAGGUAUUGGCGGUGGUAAUUGCGGCGAUGGUAGACCACAACGCUUGGAGACAUCGCUCGAGGAGCGCAUUGAUGAAUUAAGACAUCGAUUGCGUAUUGAGGCGGCCGUUGUAGACGGAGCAAAAAAUGUGAUACGAACCUUAAUGAAUAAUAAGGUUCCAGAUAAAAAAGCUCUUCAAGAGGCUCAAGUUCGAUUAUCCGAAUCAUCGAGAAAACUCGACCUGCUUCGUCUCUCCUUAGACCUUCGCCGGCAAGAACUACCAGCCGAUUCGCCGACAGCUCAACAGCUCAAAACCGAGCUGCAAAGUGUUCAAGCCUCGUCACCAGUUCCGGUAACCUACACAUCGUUGCAACCGUUCCAAGGUGGCCUCGGUGGUAAGCCUUAUCAUCAAGUUACCUCAUUGGGUCGUUGCGCCUCGGUCACGGGAAAACUAGAAGUUCGUCUAAUGGGUUGUCAAGAUCUACUCGAAGAUGUCCCUGGCCGUUCACGUCGCGACAAGGAUAACAAUUCAAGUCCUGGCGAUCUACGUAGUUUUGUCAAAGGUGUCACCAGUCGUAGUUCGUCAAAGAGUUACAGUGUCAAAGAUGAGACUUCAUUCGAAAUUAUGGCAGUUAUUAAACUUGACAACACAACAGUUGCUCAAACCUCAUGGAAACCUUGUUCGCAACAAGCAUGGGAUCAGCGAUUCUCCAUCGAUCUAGAUCGUUCACGAGAGCUUGAGAUCGGUGUGUACUGGCGUGAUUGGCGUUCUUUGUGUGCUGUCAAAUUCCUGCGCCUCGAAGAAUUCAUCGAUGAUGUGAGACACGGAAUGGCAUUGCAACUUGAGCCCCAAGGUUUGCUCUUUGCCGAAAUAAAAUUCUUAAACCCAAUGAUUUCCCAAAAGCCAAAGCUGCAACGUCAACGAAUGAUUUUCAACAAACAGCAAGUUAAAAAUAUCCCGCGUGCCAAACAAAUGAACAUCAACGUUGCCACCUGGGGUCGUUUGCUCAAGCGAAACACACCCAGCAAUCAAAAUGAUCUGCCAAUUUCUCGAACUCCUUCGUCGGGAACUAUCGAUGGUGAGCCUUAUACUCCCGGACAACAAGCUAUGAAUCUGGAAUACGAUCCGACAGUUGCCGAAACAGAACAUGUAGCUACUCCGGGUGAGAAUCCAGAUCUCAGUGUGGCCGGUUUAAGUGGCGCCCGACCAUUAUCUAUGCAGGGUAUUGCUGCUUUGCCACCAGAAGUUUCGCCUACAGCGAACUUGAAUAAACAGAAUAAUAACCAGCAGCCAAUUGUGUCACCGACAGGCCUUCAUUUGCAAAUUAACCAGAAGUCAACGGGAGGUAGUAAAAAAUCAAGCAGCCAAGUGCCAAGUCCACCAUCACAGGUACCAAUUGGAUCACCACCAACUCUACAGAAGAUGGAUCAAGAGUUACAGAAUGCUUUACGAGAAUUUGAAUUUCUCAACCAAAUGGAUUCACAGCCCUCAACAUUGCAGCGACCAUUACCACGUUCUCAACAACAACAACAACAACAACACCAAUUACAACAACAAUAUCUUGGAUCAGCUGCCCAACAGCUUAUGCAAUAUCAUCAAUCACCAACGCAGCAAUAUUACACCGAAGCUGAACAAUUUAUACCCCAAACAGUCCUCCCGCCCCCACAGCACCAUCAACAACAACAACAACAACAGGUCCCAUAUGACAACAGCACCUCCUCCAUCAGCACUGCCACCACCCCGCACGUCACCAACGCCGUCCAUCAAAUCAUGUCUACGUCAUCGAUGAACCGUAACAGUAGUAUUAGAAAUAGUUUUAACAAUAAUACCAACAAUUCUGGUGUUGGUGGCAACACUGUUGUUGCUGGAGGAGUUGUUGGUGCAAAUGUCGGACCUUAUCACCGACCGGUGCUCAUGAUGCCACCUGUGAUUUUGAUGGGUGGCACGGGUGGCGGCGGAGGCGGUAGUGGAGAUGGCAGCCCGAUUAUUGAGAUGCCACCAUCGCCGGUGCCAAAUUCGUUGCCAAUUGUUGAGUAUCCCGAUGAUGAUGAUGACUGUAGUAGCCGGGUCAUCAACGACAGUGAUAGAUGUUGUGUUGAGGAAAAAUAUUAUAUAAACAUUGUACAUAUAACAAUACAACCUUCUUCCACUGACACGCCUGAUACUACUCCUACUACUACAACUACUUAUUCUUCUACCUCAAAUAUACAGAUUAUACCACAGUUUGGUAAUUUAUCUGUCAAUAAUAAUCAGCAACAGCAGCAAUACGUGCAACCAUCACCGAUUGUUCAGGAGCCACCAACUCCACAAUAUCAGUCACAUGCCCAACAAUUCCCACAGCCAUCCCAAAGGCAACACUAUCCACAACAGCAGCAACAUCAACCAAUCUAUCAGAAUCAAUUCGAAUUGGGAGUUGUUGGUGGUGGCGGCGGUAGUAGUGGCAGUGGCGGUGUCAGUUCUACUGCAUCCGGAGCCAUCAUCAUGCAGCCACCACCACCUCCAAGUCAUGUUCAUGCUCAGCCAUUAUCAAAUGCUGCUGGUGCUGCUGGAGCAGCAGCAGCAGUAGCAGCAGCAGCUCAACUUGCUGCUGCUGCUGCUGCUGGUGGUGGUAAUGCAGGUGGACGUCGCCAAGUUGCACGUGGUCUACAAUAUAGAGACUCGGCAUAUGAGUCACGCCGCCAAUCACAAUCCCAUCAGCCUGGAAUGCUAUCAAUUGAGAACUUCCGAAUGCUGAGCGUGCUGGGACGAGGACACUUCGGCAAAGUUAUCUUGUCGCAAUUGAAAACUAGCAACGACUACUAUGCGAUUAAGGCCCUCAAAAAGGGUGACAUUAUUGCUCGCGACGAGGUGGAGUCGCUGCUCAGUGAAAAACGGAUCUUUGAAGUAGCGAAUGCUAUGCGACAUCCUUUCUUAGUCAAUUUGUAUGCAUGCUUUCAAACUGAGCAACACGUCUGUUUCGUGAUGGAAUAUGCUGCUGGAGGUGAUUUGAUGAUGCACAUCCAUACGGAUGUCUUUUCAGAACCGAGAGCGGUGUUCUAUGCGGCUUGUGUUGUCCUGGGACUUCAGUAUUUGCAUGAGAACAAGAUUAUCUAUCGUGAUUUGAAGUUGGACAAUUUAUUGUUGGAUACAGAAGGUUAUGUGAAAAUUGCUGAUUUUGGUCUUUGCAAAGAAGGUAUGGGCUUUGGUGAUCGAACUGGUACCUUUUGUGGUACACCUGAGUUUCUAGCACCUGAAGUUUUAACUGAAACAUCAUAUACUAGAGCUGUAGAUUGGUGGGGAUUGGGUGUAUUGAUUUUUGAAAUGUUGGUUGGAGAGUCACCAUUCCCAGGAGAUGAUGAAGAAGAAGUAUUCGAUUCGAUUGUUAACGAUGAAGUACGAUAUCCAAGAUUUUUGUCAUUGGAAGCUAUUGCUAUUAUGAGACGGCUUUUACGAAAGAAUCCCGAACGACGCCUUGGCUCAUCGGAAAGAGAUGCUGAAGAUGUGAAAAAGCAAGCAUUCUUCCGUUCAAUUGCUUGGGAUGAUUUGUUAUUAAGAAAAGUUAAGCCGCCAUUUGUGCCAACAAUUAACCACCUCGAGGAUGUAUCAAACUUCGACGAGGAAUUCACAUCAGAAAAACCACAAUUGACACCGCCAAAGGAGCCGCGACAUUUGACUGACGAAGAACAAUUGUUCUUCCAUGAUUUCACCUACACCGCCGAUUGGUGUUGAGGUUAAAAAAUAUAAACAUUUUGUUCUUUUCUGAUUUAUUAAUGAAAAAAAAAACUUGAAAUUAAAGAAAAAAUUAAUAUUUAUAAAAAAAAAAAAAAUAUGUAAAUGCUGCUCCUUACAAAUGUGUAGCCGUUUUUACAUAAACAAAUAUUUAAACAUUUAAGUAACUAUUGCUAACUUAAACAAAACAAAAAUACAACUUAUUUUCAUAUAAAUUAAAAAAGAAAUGAGAAAACACCAAUUUAAACAAAAAAAUAAACAAAAUCUACAAACAAAUUGCGUUUAAAGUAAAAAAAAUUAAUAUUUUUAAAGUGAAUUAUUAAAAAAAAAAAAACAUUAAAUAAAAAAAACUAUUUAGCAUUUGUUUUUUUGAAGCAAAAAAAAAAAAAAGAAAAGAAUUUUUAAGCCGAGAUUGUGCUUGUUUUUUUUUAUUUAGCGAUAGCAAGAGUGUAGUAGUUAACAAGAUGGAGACGUAAUAUUAUUAAAUUUAUUAUUAUUAUUAUCAUUACCCUUAUAACUAUUAUUAUUAUUAUUAAUUUAUAACAAUUUUUAUUUUUAAUUAAUUAAAAAAAAAAAAAUAAAAAAAAAAGUAUAAAUAAAUAUAUUUCAUUAGCAACUAUUACUCUAUCACUACUACCAAUUU